UUUUUUAAAUUUUUAUUUUCAUCUUGUCACAGCACGUUUUCACAUGAUCUUAUACGUAAUUUAUCACUGACACAUCUCUUUAGGAAACGGCCACAAGUUGGUUACAAUCAAAAAUAGAUUUUCCAUUUUUAGCCGAACUUUAGACUAAAAUCUGUCUUUUUCUUUACAGAAUACCGGCAGCCUAUCAUGGGCAGUCCAUGGCCUAUUGCGAAGCCUAUCGCCAGCAGGCCUAUUCCAGUACAGCAUCAGCACCUUCAACACCUAUUGGCUCACUGCCAUCAUCCUUACUUAGUACGACCGGCGCAAGCGCAUACACAGGUGUUCCCUCUGCCCGGCGGCUUCCCCUGGGCGCAUAGUUCCAGAGGUAAACCCCGUCGCGGCAUGAUGCGACGCGCUGUCUUCUCAGACCUGCAGCGCAAGGGUCUAGAGAAGAGGUUCCAGGUUCAGAAGUACAUCUCGAAGCCAGACAGGAAGAAGCUGGCGGAGAAACUUGGACUUAAGGAUAGUCAGGUAAAAAUCUGGUUCCAGAACCGCCGUAUGAAAUGGCGGAAUUCAAAAGAGCGGGAACUGCUAGCAUCUGGCGGGUCUCGAGAACAGACACUACCGAACAAGAACAACCCACACCCAGACCUAUCAGACGCAGAGGCAGACAAACAGAAGCUAUCGCCACUGCCAGAAGACCAGGAAGACUUAAAAAAAGUUUACGCGACAACUUCAAAUGAAUUUCGAGGUUAUGAAGAUAAGAUGGCGGGUGGGCAGUUGUUUUCCCGCGAGAUUCCGUUUCAGAAUAUGGAGGAAGAUGAUUUUGAGAGUGACGCAAGCGCUAGUGAUGAAGAAAUUAAUGUAACAUGACGUGUUUUAAUGUUAUUGUAAUUUAAAAUAGUUUUGUAUAUUUUGUUAGGAUCAUUGGGUGGGUGGUUGCCAACAUGACAACAAUUAGCAAAGUGUAGGACUAUUUCUCUUUGUUUUAUUUAACUGUCAAAAAUUUUGCAUGGCGUCUUGCAUACGACUGUAUGUUUGGUAGUUGGCAGAAUGUUAGUGAUCUUGGACUUUAAAUUUAUAACUUGCUUUUUUGUUUGCAACAACUAGCUUGUUUAAUAGUAAAAUGCAAUUAAAUUAAAUU